UUCAAAACGGAGUUGGUUUAUUAAAUUUUCAAGAAAAAUGAUAGACUGCUGCAAUGGAGAUGGAAAACACUGUUUCUGAUAUGGAGAAUCAAGGUGUGCAAUCAUACAUUUUGGAUCUAAGGAACAAUCCAGGUGGAUUGGUGAAAAGAGGACUUGAUGUUGCACAGAUAUGGCUAGAGGGGACCGAGACGCUGGUGAACACAAUCGACAGAGAGGGGAACAUGCUGCCUAUCAACAUGAUAGACGGCCAUGCCAUAACACAUGAUCCCCUCGUUGUCCUUGUGAACGAAGGGAGUGCGAGUGCUAGUGAGAUUCUUGCAGGAGCGCUCCACGACAACGGGCGAGCCACCCUCAUUGGACACAGAACCUUCGGCAAAGGAAAAAUACAAAGUGUGACAGAGCUGCAUGAUGGAUCAGCCCUUUUCAUUACAGUAGCCAAGUAUUUGUCUCCAUCACUUCAUGACAUAGAUCAGGUCGGAAUCGCACCAGAUGUGCAGUGCUCAACUGACAUGCUAAAUGCACCGAGAUCCGACCCUCUUAAGGUCCGGAUCCAACUUGGAGAGAGAUUCUUGCAUACUGGUUGCGGAGCAUCAGCUUGAUAUUCAAGAAUCUAAAGGCUCUGCUUCUUGAUAGACAAUCCUUGUUUUUGUGCUUGCUUUCUUAUCUUUGAAUACUGUGUAUAAACUUGGUUUUAUAGAUAUGCUUCUUAAAGUUGUUACACCAAAGUUGAGGCUACUUAUAUACUAUUGGUUUAGGUAAGAAUUCUCACUACAAGUGUCGACUGAUAGAGUACAAUACAAUUGAACAUGUAGAGAAGGAAUUUUAUUAACACAUCAAAACAUGACAAUAUAAUGUACAAAGCACACUCAUAAGAAAUAUGUAUACAAGAUUUAUAUCAAAUCACACUCGAUUUACGCAAGCAAUAUAGUGAAAAAGUAAAAUAAAAUUGGAGAAAAUGUAAGUAAAUAGGAAAUUACAGGUUGAAAGCCGUUCCCUGCAACCGCAUCCGGUAUCGGUGCCGGUGCAGCAUCUUGCGCGGCCGUCGCCGACAAAAAUGCAGCGACGACGGACAAAAAUAGAGCCAUGUAGAGGAAGGUGGAUUUACCAAAAUUUGCCAUUAUAAAUUUCGAAUGGAAGAAUACAAUGUCUUCACUAUGGAUGGUGGUAUGAAUAU